UCGUCACAGGUGUUUCAUGACAAACAAGCAGAGUUUCAUCUGGAGCUGCACAGUAAGAAACAGAGGAAAAUAUGAGAGCUGCUGUAACCUUCUUGGUUUUGGUGAAUUAUUUCACCAGCUGUCAUGGCUUGAGCUGUAAGGCUGCUCCGCUGCAUUUUUCUGCAGUCCAGCUUGAUGCUGGUCAAGGGAUGGUGGUGAUGACUGACACAUCCUCCAACGUCUUCUUCCUCAGUGGAUCAAGUUGGACCAAACUGGGCUCUGUUCCUCUCAAGCAUGUCUCAGUGGGACCUGCAGGGAUCUGGGGAGUCAACAAUGAUGACCAAGUCUAUAAAUUUGCUGGUGGUGAUUUCUUUCCUGUUUCAGGUCAGGAGUUGAACCAGUUGGAUGCUGGUGGAGAAGGUAAUGUAAUUGGGAUUACCGACAGCGACAGCAUCCACUGUCUCAAUGCCAGUAAUAUCUCACCCACUGAGCAGGAGGGCAGUUUGAACUGGAAUACUUUGUCAGGGCAACUGAAGCAUUUAAGCUGCAGCCCAAAUGUGUGCUGGGGAGUGAACUCCAAUGAAGCUAUCUACUACAUGGAAAUCUCACCCAAAAGCUGUAACACAAAAGGAUGGACUAAAGUUGAAGGAGAAGCAGUGAAGGCAGAAGUUGGGACUGAUGGACGUGUCUUUGUUGUAAAUAGAUUUGGAAAUCUCUUUGAAAGAGUUGGCAUCUCUGGCAAAACUCCAGGAGGUGCAGAUUGGAAGAAAAUUGAAUUCCAGAAGGACAUCAAGCAUGUGAGCUAUGACCAGGGACGUCUGUGGCUCGUGACUAAGUGUGAACUCAUCCUAGAGUGCACUCACUAACCAGCUGGAGGUCUUCGCAUGAUUCUUUCUGCAUUCAACUUAUGUUUGAGGGAUUUUUCUGUGUGUUUUUAUCAGAAAGUGAUUUAAAGCCUAGUUCUACAGUUUAACCAUGUUAGAGGUUUGAAUAAAAGUGGGGAUAUAAACAAUUUUAAUGAUUCUGCUCUUAAAAA